AGAACGUAUUGGGAAUUGAAAUGAUGAGCAAUCCGCAAUUGCUUGCGUUACCUUGACAGGGGGAUAUCUAUACAUUAUGGCUAAAUACAAUAAGGAUGAGCGUUGGUAAAAGGAAGUUCACACAACACAUCAUACCCAACCCCCAACCCUUUAAACUCAAAGAUGGUUCAUCAGUGGGAAAUAAUGAGCUCGCUGAACAGAUGUGGUGUUCAUCUAUUUCUAUGCCGAUUGACUACGAGGAAUAUGUUACAAAAAAUAAGGCACUCAUUGUUAAUGACCCAUACCGGGAAACAGUACUUUUUCCUCAAGACGAUUUGAAGGUGGUCAAAAUUCCUCAUAUUCAUCGAACGUUGAGCAGUGUUGUUCCCGAGGCUGCACUUAAACAUGAUUUAUUUACUUCAAAUGCAUUGGCACGCCAUGCGGUAUCAUUUUUUGCUACAACUGAAUGGACCUAUAUUCAACAAAUAUCUUCCAUUUAUCGCGGAAAUUUUCUCGCGCUUCCGUUCAAGAAUGAUAUUGAUGAGUUAGGCGGAACAUUAUCCCAAUAUUGGUUUUCAAUUGAUCAGUCAUUCUCCAAUAAAGACAGUCCCAAUCAUAUUUUAGAUUCAGAUUAUCUAUCAACUAACACUGGCUCAAAAAUAAGAUCAGCUACAGGAUUUCAAGUUCGUAGUCGUCGGUCAGCUACAAGUGGCCUAAUAAGAACUGGUCAAAGUGUUUCCGAAACAGCUACUUCUAGUUCAGAUAACCGGUUUGCAGGAAAUUUUCAACCUAAAGAUAAUUUAAAAUUAGAGAGAAUCAACUCAGACACCAGUUUAACAAAACGUGGCAGUAAAUCAAAAGAUAUAGGACAGACUGACGAAGAAUCAAUCAAUGAUAUUACUACGAAUUUGAGUUUUAGUGGGAAACAGUUUGAAAAUGUAAAGUUUUCAGUAAGCGUAUUAUUUGACUUCUCACAAAACUAUCUAUCAAUCUUUUUAAAAUUAUUUCGUAUCGUUGUUAUCCAUGCUGAGUGUACUUCAGAAUGUACUUUUGAUUAUCAACACUGCGUUGCAUUUUUGAACGAAUUAUCUAAUAUAUUGUUUAGUUCGAAAUGAGUGGUCGAAGUCGUUGUACUCGUAUUUUAUCUUUCUCAUAUCUGUCAGUAAGUCAUUUACAAUUAUUCCCGAAAAUUUUUAGUUAAGAUAAAAUAAAUUUGAUGUUAUCUAGUCAUAGAUUCAUGUACUAGACUUAGCCGUGAUACUACUGAGUUAUCUCAAAUUUUUGACCAUUCUUGUUUUUAAGGUUGAGUAUCUACCAUAUGGCGGGUUAAUUCGGUUGCUAAAGAAUUCAAAUUUUAAGUAGAGAUUUAUAAAAUUCAAUGCACUGCUCUUAUAGUGAUCGAAGCGGCCUAGCAGUGUUGUUAUUUCAUAAGUUCAUAGAUGAUAAUGUAUACUACCUUGGAAAUAUAACAUUUGUAGUUCAGUUACUUCCAUUGUACUUG